AUGGAUAUAGCAGUACCCUCUAUGAACAGCAAUUUGCAUACCGGUACAUACACACCAGUACGCCGGCGCGACUCUACAAUUAACUCGAGAUUGCUCCAUGGUGCGGACCAAGAACAAGAGUGGACCGCCGCAAGAUGCCACCGACUGCUUCGAGCCCUGACAUCCCGAGUUGCGAUUCUCAAGAAGGACCUGGUGCGAUUUCAGUCAGCGCGCAAUGGCCAUGCUUGGGAGAGCAAAACCAACGCGCAACCAGGGUCAAGGGCAGAUGAUGCGGAAUGGACGAAAGCGAAGAAGCGGAUCAGACAAACAUAUUCCGGCAGAGGGGGGAAAAAUUGCCCAGCAAGUCGGAAGGACCUUGCUCAGGCUGCAGCUCCGAGAAAAGAACGGAGGCCAACGGCCCCCGGAGAAGUCACGGUCCCAACCCCAAUACUUAUCCGAGCUAGAGGGGAGAUGCCAUUACCACAGCAAAUCCCUUCCAAAACAUAUGAAGAGCCGCGGCUGGAGGACUUCAAGGUGACCAAGCGGCCUCGAGGACGCGGUGUUGAUGGAGACUUACAAUUUCAUCCAUCGGAAACUUUGAGAGACCUACGACAGACGAUUAGUGCAACACGAUGUACGACCUACGAAGGCAUUUAUAAUGGACUGGAAGGAUUACUUCGUGCAACUGUUAGCAACGGUUCUGACGAGAAACCGAAGGUCAAAGGGGCAAGAUCAUUAUUAUCCAUGGCGCUCAAGGCCGUUCCAAAAUACAUCACACAGCAAGAAGGCUUACUAGAGUCGCAUAUUGAGGAAUUUGGUGGCAAAACAGCUCUUGACCAACGGGAUAUCUCAACCGAGAUCUACGACGAACUCGAAUCUUUUGGAUCUUCCAAUCGUGGUUGGAAGAAGCUCAAGACCAUUGUCAGAGCGCAUGGAAUCCAGGUCAUAAAUGAUGCUAUACACUUGGGACUAUUGGAUGAUGGAUUCUGCGAUGUCUUGAUUGCGCUUUGUGUGAACUGUUUCGCUAUCGAGGAAGCUCAAUCGCUUCUUUCGGCACUUUUAUCUUCGAGAAAGUACUCAGGACCGAAGACAUUGUAUGAUACACCCAGCCGCCCUUUAAGUAUGUUGUGGAAAUUCACAGAGUUCACGGGUCGAUCCUCUUUCAAGUUCCGAGAGUUGUCGAACAUUCUCUCGGAUGGAUGCUUGCCUGUUGAAUGGCUUGCAACCAGGGAGUUUGGGCCGAUUUGGACUUCUGCAAUUCAGCUCCUGUCACCCGGGUUGACCAAUGAUGACGCUUUUGUCUUUCUUGAUAGUGCUCUCUCUCUACUAUCAGUCGCUGGAGGCCCAUCUUCCUCCGCAACAAAGCCCGUCGCCGAAGCCGUCAAAAAUACAUUUUGCAGCCUUCUGACCACUCUCACAUCAGUGGCGAUCCUAAGCAGAGAAGCCAGAAAUGGAAGGAUGAUUGAGGGGUCUGGAAGCGGAUCAUACGGAGAUGCCUCUGCCUUACUGAGGGGCUGUAUGGCGACCAACGGGCUUUCAAGUCCUUCGGAUGCGCGUAUCCCGCUCCUCCUGUCGAACUUGAUUUCUCAUGAUGCUCAGGAUUUUGGCGCAAAAACCUCACUGAUGGAUAUGAUUUUGUCUCAGCUACAUGGAAAGAGUGGUACUUCCGGAGUAGCACGGGCCUACACCCAAGCUGUCACUUUCAUUUGCCAAAUUGCCCAAUGUUGUGGGAGAGGUUCUGCUGGCCCGGGAUUCGGACACCUCGAGCAAAUGCACCUGCUGUUGGAGAGCAUGGCAUCGGACAAAGACGCCAGUAAUGUUGUGCAAGGUUUAAUCGUGGACAGUGCUUUCAUGUUUGCCCAGAAGUCGCCACAUCGUAAGCACUUGGACUAUGCUGCGACGAUGGACGCAAAGUUCUGUGCAAGGAGGAUCGAUGUUGACGCCAGCCUACACGAAGUAUCUGAAGGGGAUACAUCUGAAGAUAUGAGCGGAUUUCGUUGGGAAGAGGGCAUUGGGGAGUGGGUAACUGCAACGCCCGCAAUCCACGUUGCAAAACGCAAGGCCGCUGCUUUGAAGUCUUAUGCAGAUAUUUCCGAGUGCGACACUCCGUAUCGACCUCCCCCAAAAUUGCGCCGACAGACUGAGGCCGGACCUGCAUUUAAUCCUACGCCUAUCGUGCUACCCAGCUCUCCAGUUAUUAGCAGCGGUCCCGUAAUUGACAACUCAAUAGGGCUGUAUCCUCUACGGUACUCACCAAGCCCCGCAGGACACAACGACAACGCUUCCGACGGCAGCAUUCCGACACGAGACAAAUUCACCCACGAUGAGAGUGGAGAUGAACUAGCAGAAGACCCUUUCCAGAGCGGUGACUUUUCGGAUUCUGGAGAUCAAUCUAGUCAGAUAGAAAUUUCCUUUGCAGAAUCAUCCAUGUCUAAUGCAUCAUCAGCGUCUGUGGUAACCACGGGAUCCAAAGGGCGUCAUUCAAUCGACCGGGUGCCGAGGCUCAAUCGAAAGCUGCUUCGAAGAAGUGAAGACUUUCAGCUCUUCGAAGACUCUUUUGCGUCCUCUGCGUCCUCUGCGUCCUCUGCGUCCUCGGCAAAAUCAAACACCGAGUCCGCUUCAUCAGAGCGCCGCGAGCUGAUUGAUCGCGCCCCUCGACUUGGCAGGAAAGCACUCCGCUCAAGCCAGGCUUGGCAGCUAUUGGACGAGAGUGACGACGAGUUGAGCUUUCUCUCGGCCGCGUCUCAGAACGACCACGCAUCAUGGGAUCUUAGACGCACCGGGCGUUCCAACGCUCGGUGCCGACGUAAGUCCAAGCCCAUACUUGCGCCGGCAACUCGAGCCAGAGCCAGUAAAGCUACGCAUCUCAGGGACAGCGACAGCGACAGCGAGGACGAGUUGUGCAUCUAA